GACUCCCCGGUUCGCUCGCCGGGCUGGGGCUGGGGGCUUCAGCCUGGGCUGACCGCCGGGUGCCUAGGGCGGCCCCGGGCGUGGCACGGAGAAGGAUGCGGCGGGCGGACUAGGCGGAGGUGCUCUCGGGAGGCUGGGCGCGGGCCAGGCGGCUCCCCAGGCUCCGCAGUGCCGCCGCCGUCGCCCGGGAGGCUGGGCGCGGGAGCCAUGUAACCCUGCGGCGGGCUCCGGGCAGCUCCGUCCUUCCCCAGCUCCCGGGCUAGCGCGGCAGCGGGGCCACGAUGAAGAAGCAGUUUAAUCGCAUGCGCCAGUUGGCCAACCAGACGGUGGGCAGGGCAGAAAAGACUGAAGUUCUGAGCGAAGACCUUCUCCAGGUGGAAAAGCGCCUAGAGCUGGUGAAACAGGUGUCCCACAGCACACACAAGAAGCUCACGGCGUGUCUGCAGGGUCAACAGGGAGCAGAGGCGGACAAGCGCUCAAAAAAGUUGCCGUUGACAACACUGGCUCAGUGCUUGGUGGAGGGUUCUGCGAUCCUGGGAGAUGACACGCUUCUCGGGAAGAUGCUGAAGCUCUGUGGAGAGACGGAAGACAAGCUAGCUCAGGAGCUGAUCCACUUUGAGCUGCAAGUGGAGAGGGAUGUGAUCGAGCCCCUGUUCCUGCUAGCUGAGGUGGAGAUUCCAAAUAUUCAGAAGCAAAGGAAACACUUAGCAAAGCUGGUGCUUGACAUGGAUUCUUCCCGGACCAGGUGGCAGCAGACUUCCAAGUCUUCAGGGCUUUCCAGCAGCCUUCAGCCUGCGGGUGCCAAAGCCGAUGCCCUCAGGGAGGAGAUGGAGGAGGCUGCGAACAGAGUGGAGAUUUGCCGGGACCAGCUUUCCGCUGACAUGUACAGUUUUGUGGCCAAAGAAAUUGACUAUGCAAACUACUUUCAGACGCUAAUAGAAGUGCAAGCUGAAUACCACAGGAAGUCGCUGACAUUGCUGCAGGCUGUGUUGCCUCAGAUCAAAGCACAGCAGGAGGCCUGGGUGGAGAAGCCUUCCUUUGGGAAGCCCCUGGAGGAGCACUUGAUGAUCAGUGGCCGUGAGAUCGCCUUCCCUAUUGAGGCGUGUGUGACGAUGCUGCUGGAGUGUGGGAUGCAGGAGGAGGGCCUCUUCCGGGUAGCCCCCUCAGCCUCCAAGCUGAAGAAGCUGAAGGCUGCUCUGGACUGCUGUGUGGUGGAUGUACAGGAGUACUCGGCAGACCCCCAUGCCAUAGCAGGAGCUUUGAAGUCUUAUCUCCGAGAGUUGCCAGAGCCUCUUAUGACCUUUGAACUCUAUGACGAAUGGAUCCAGGCUUCUAAUAUCCAGGAGCAAGACAAGAGACUUCAGGCUCUCUGGAAUGCUUGUGAGAAGUUGCCCAAGGCUAACCAUAACAACAUCCGAUACUUGAUCAAAUUUUUAUCGAAACUGUCUGAAUAUCAGGAUGUAAACAAGAUGACUCCCAGUAACAUGGCAAUCGUCCUGGGACCCAACCUCCUUUGGCCACAGUCAGAAGGGAACAUCACCGAGAUGAUGACCACAGUUUCCCUGCAGAUUGUUGGCAUCAUCGAGCCCAUUAUCCAGCACGCAGAUUGGUUCUUCCCUGGGGAAAUAGAGUUCAACAUCACAGGCAGUUAUGGGAGUCCGGUCCACGUGAACCACAAUGCCAACUACAGUUCAAUGCCCUCCCCAGACAUGGACCCUGCUGACCGACGCCAGCCAGAGCAGGCCCGCCGGCCCCUCAGUGUCGCCACAGACAACAUGAUGCUGGAGUUUUACAAGAAGGAUGGCAUGGGUGUGAGGGUCAUGGACACAUCUUGGGUGGCACGAAGAGGCUCCUCUGCUGGUCGGAAAGCAUCCUGCGCCCCGCCUUCCAUGCAGCCUCCUGCCCCACCCUCCGAGCUGGCUGCACCCCUGCCUUCACCCCUGCCGGAGCAGGUCCCAGACAGCCCUGCCACUCCAGCUCCUGCGCUCUCUCCAUCAGGUGCCAGCCUGCAGCCCACCCCCGAGCGCCCCAGUGUGUCUAAAAGCAAGGAACUGUCGCCAGGGUCUGGGCAGAAAGGAAGUCCAGGUCCCAUCCAGGGGACAGCCUGCCCAGGGACGCAACUGGGGCCACAGCCGGCUGCCAGCCCCAGCCAGCUUCCUGCAGACCAGAGUCCUCAUACCCUCCGGAAAG